AUAUAACAAAUAAUUUGAGAGAUGAUCCUAAGUGUUUGAUUAAUGUCAGAAACUAUUCAAUGAAUGGAAUCUGAUGGCAGUCAACCUCUGCCAAGUGUAUGCAGGACUUGUGAUGCACGCUUCAUCAAUGAACUCCUUCGUAUACAACAUGUUCGCCACUGCCAUCCUGAAUCCUUACAAUAUCCUUGUGUUAUGUGUGGCAUAAAAUGUGAAUCACAGGAUGCUUUAACAAGGCAUGUUCGCAACAAGCACACAAAAAAGAAAAAAAGGGAAUCAGAAACAAUAUCUGCUGCAACUCUUUCUAAAGGCACAGCCAAACUUCCAACUGCAAAGAAUUCCAGUCUUGUCACUAUGCAGAAGAAUGCCAGCAAGACAGUGUCGAAAGUGUCUCCCCAAUGGAGGGCUAGAGUUGAAAUGGCAUGCAUGCGCUAUGCAAUGGUUCAUGGUAAACAUAAAGCUCAACUUCGAUAUGCCCAACUAGAACCUGGCUGUAGAAUAGGUUGGCGACGUUUGACAGAAAUAUUGAGUAUGCAUAAGCAUGAUAAGACUGGUAAGAAAGCAGCAUAUUUGUACAAGAGAGGUCGUAAGGGUGGCAAAAAAGAUGUACAACUUUCUAAGCUUGCUAUUCCAGCUGGUAUCAAGUCUGACUGUGGUAAGUUUGGUGUUACUUAUGGUAUUGAUGAUGCACAAUGGGAGUUUACUUUACAAUAUCCUAACUACAUUUUCUCCUAUGCUAGCGUAAGAAAUUGGUGUGAAGCUGAGAGAAUGAAAUUAGAAAAAGACAGUAACUUGGAAAAGCCAUUUGAUGAAGAAUUUGUUUCAUCACUUAAUGAAGCUGUGCUCAACACAAAAUCAUUAUCGAUAAGUGAGGCAGAAAAGACCAUAAAGAAUGAGGUGCAGAAAUAUAACCAAGAAAUUGAUGAUGAUGAGAAGGCUAUUAAUGAGGACAAUGCUGUCGAAGAAUGGCUACAUGUAAUAAACAAUCAAAUGGCAGAGAAGAAAAAAGUUCCCAUUCUUCACUGUGCGUGUGGUAAUGUUUAUAAAACUGACAAAGAACUUGCUAAACAUAAGCCGAAGUGUUGGUUACCAGAUUUCAAAUCAGAAGCCCAAGUGAGAUCUCAGAGGUCCUGCAGAAAUAAAGCAACUCCUAGUGAGUGUGAAACAAUAUCAGAUUCAGAAAGUGGCUCAUCAGUUGUUGAAGAAACUUACUCUAAUGCAUUCAAGUGUUCUGAUUGUGAGUACUCGACUCCUCAAGAGUUUAGGUAUAAGAGGCAUAUAAAAUCCUGCCAUAAGAAAAGGCUGCUAUCUGAAAAAAUCACAUCCAAUAAGAUUGUAAGGGAUGGUGAUCAGGCAAAUAAUCAUUCAGAGCUGCUCACUUUCAAGAACUGCAAGAAAUGCAAUUUUAAGCACAUAACUAUUGAAGGAUUGCGUGAGCAUUACCGAGUGGUCCACAAUUCUCAUUACACUGAUAAUGGUCAGGAAAUCUCACUUCUUUGUACCAAAUGUAAUGACACCUUUUUGACAUAUGCUGGACUUAGAGAGCACAUCUGUGGAGAACGGCAGAUAACAGUAAAAUAUGAGAGAAUUAAACCACGUAUACCAUCAUCAAUUAUGCUGGGUACAAACAGUUCCAUUGUGUUCCUCUGUCCUAGAUGUGUUACCAGAUUUGACACGAUUCAUGAGUUAAAAGAACACUACAGUGCCAAAUGCUGUGCCAAAAGUAAAUUAUAUGCGUGAUGUAUUCUAAUAGUUUAUGUUUUAUCAGGUUAGCCUUUUAAAUAAAUUAUAUUUUCAUACCUUAUUAAACCAAGUUUUCUUUUAAGAUAGUAUUAUCAUGCUGAUGACUGAUUGGUGUCUAUUAAAUUGACUGAUAAGUGAUUGUAACCGAAUAUUUUGUCGUCCUGGACGCUUGUUUGAUACCAGUUUUUCAAACAAUUUUUCCCAGAUAUUUUUUACUACAUGUGUAUCGGUAUAAUCAUCUUAACUCCAAAAAAUUGUAGCUUACAAUCUUAUUAUAUUGUAUUACGAUAAA